AAACUAGCGUUGAAGUACCACCCAGACAAGAACCCAGACAACCCGGAGGCUGCGGAUACGUUUAAAGAGAUCAACAACGCCAACUCAAUCCUGAACGAUGAUGGCAAGAGGAGGAUCUACGAAGAAUACGGCUCCAUGGGCCUCUACGUGUCCGAGCAGUUUGGAGAGGAGAGCGUCAAAUACUACUUCCUCAUGUCCAAGUGGUGGUUUAAGGUGAGAGAGCGAGAGAGAGUACCUCAUAACCCCUUUAAAAAACACCUUUAGUCUAACAGGCUAAUAGAAUGAGUACUCAGGUGACCAUGACCCUCUGUGGACAGGUUAUCCUUGGUGUUGUCAGUACUGCAGGAGCCUCCAACAGUGGGGUGAUUAACCCAUCCUGAUUCCCAGCCUACUCUCUCUGUCUGUGAUGACAUACUGACUGGACUGCUUUUACAGCCACGUCACUCACACACUCAUCACAUUGUAUUAGACAUUACUAUGGCUAGACUUCACUGUUUAGUACUAUGUCUACUCCAUGCAUUAGACACCCUUCUAUCUUGUGGUGGGAGUGCAUUGACAGUCUAUUAGUGAAAGUAUCUGUGUGUUAUUGCUUUGAAAAGUGUCAGAGCAAAGCAGUCUUUAUUUAGAACUGUGUUCUGUGUAGUUGUGCUCAGUCACUGAGAUGUGAGGCCUUUCAUGCUGAGUACAGUACAGUAUGAAGAGUGGUCGAGAUGCAGAGAGGACGAUCCAGUGACUGUCUCACAAACCUCACUCUGCUUUCAUCUACAAAGAAAAAUACAAAGCACAGGAAAAUUGCAGGGAGGAACAAAACCGCUCCACUUAUUUAUACAUUUACAUUUUAGUCAUUUAGCAGAAGCUCUUAUCCAGAGCGACUUAGUUAGUGAGUGCAUACAUUUUUCAUAUACCCUAGAAAGCACAGUGCAGUAGGAUUAUUGAGAGCAUCACAUGUAUUACAUUGGAUAUGUAGGAUUGAAAAGCAGAGAGCACUGAGGGCAAAGCCACUGUCCGAACCAGGAGGUCUCUGCUGCUAACAUCCACUAGGUUCUAAUAAGUAUAUAGGUUGUAUGUUGGGAGCUUUUGGGAAAGAGCACAGUUAGAAAGAUAUGGCAUAUAGAAGCAAACCGGAUGGACAUCAUGAAAAUGAUCGGAGAGGUUGAGAGUAGAAGUUCAGGAGCAAAAACAAAUAAAAUAGAAUUAUUGUAAAAAUUGACUGUCCAUAAAGUGUAGAUAGUAAGUAUAAGCUGGAAGUAGAGGCCUAAGCAUUGUUGUUCACUAAUUUACCCCAAGUAGGGAAAGGAUGGCGGGGUUGAAAAGUAAUAAAGGGGAGUAUAUAUAUAAAAAACAUGGGGGAUUGGAAGUGAUGCAGACAAUUACAUUGAUAGAAGUUACAAUCUAUCUGCAAUAUUAAGCUGAUCUACCUCCAAAAAAAACCAAAACAUCCACUAGGUUCUCUCACUGGGUCACCCUGUAGAUCUGAGGCCAGAUAUGUAGAGGUUUUCAUGGGACAGGAUGACGGCGUGUGGCUGUCCUGACUGACUAUGCUGUGUGUUUGUGUUAUGCCCUUGUGCUGCAGACCAUGGCUGUGUGCUGCACCGUCUUCUCCUGCUGCUGUUGCUGCUGCUGCUGCUGUUUCUGCUGCGGGAAGUGCAAGCCGCCAGAGGAGGAUGAUCACUACCAGUACGUGGACCCAGAGGACCUGGAGGCUCAGAUCAAAGCUGAGACGGACGGAGGUGAGAGCAAGCUGGGAAGGGGACUGUUUGACAUUGGAUAUAAAACUGAGAGCGUGGUACUGCACAUGCAUAGUAUAUACUCUAUACUAUAGUUGGGCUAGAGGUCAUGAGGAGGGUAGCAGGAUAAAUACAGUAUGCCCCUCAUCCCUGUCCUUCUGGGUUGACCCUUUUCCUGAGUCCUGGCGCUCUUCACGAUACCUCAGCGGCAGGCCGCCUCGCAGAUGUCGGUUUUUCAGCCUGACUUAACGCUGUCACUUCCUUUCAGAGCAUAGGCGCCGGAGAGUAGAGGGAGGAGAGGCAGGGCAACCGCAGAGCACAGAUGGGGCCAGAGCAGCCAAACAGGGAUGGGGGAAUGGAGGGAGAGGAGGAGGGGAGAAGCGCCAGUGUCUAGCUCUGCUAGGCAGAACUCCCGGUCUACAGCACCUGAUCCUGCUCAAGGGGUUGAGGCUGAAGGCUAGCCCAUAGAUUACCUUAAUGAAGCCGAACAGCUAAAAGUGCAUGUAUUUAUAGCUCACACACACUGCUGGUUCAUAUCACAGAGGAGGAUAUUAUCCAAGUUAUAGCCCAAGCUCUGACAUUUAUUUGAAUCUUUUUUCUACAUGUUGAAAUGAUAAAACGGUAAUGAAAUGUUGUUGUUUGGUAUUUCUGCAUGUCAUCUUUCUAUGUCAAAGCUAUGGAUGUAGUGUGCAAUAACAUGUACACAUUAACAACAUUUCAAACCCAACAAGAAGCUUUGUUUUAUCCUCUACUAUCAGUGGUCCUCAGUGCAGGUCAGAACAGGCCAGGAAAAGGGCUGAGACAGAAGCAAGAUGAGGGCGAUUAAUAAUACAGUCCUGUCAGAUCUGAGGAUGCUCUCUCUUCCUCAGACUCCUGUGUCGUGUCCUUGACUGGUUGGUCUGAGGACAGGACUCACAGCUCCUCGACUCAUGUUGCCUGUUAACACGGCAGCAGGAGAGCUCAGAUCACUCAAUAGCAGACAGUCCCAAGGACUAGACUCCGAAUUGCCUUGUUUUUGUUCUGAGGUCGGAGUGAUCAGCGACCAUGGUGACCCUAUAGUCAUGACCCUAAGCCCAAAUUGCUGUCACACCAGUAGGAAUUUCAGUAUAAGAAGUUAUGAAAUGAUGAUGCAAUUUGAUUUGCUGUUGGUUUCAGAGAUAUUCACAUGUUUAGGCGAAUACCUAGGUGACAUGAAUAAUCUCACACAAAAACAGGAACUGUGCUUCAUCUACAGUACCUGAAAGCUAAACAGGACAUGACAAGCUAUCAGCCCCAGGGCAGUAUGGGAAUGGGGAUAACACAUCAGUAUACUCUGGCCCAAUGAGCAGGACAGGUUCAUCUCGUUCUGACAGAGAGGUGUUUCUGUACGUUUGUGUGUUUUGAUCCACCAGGUGACACAGUAAUCAUUGUCCAACCCAUACCUGUAGCCGUACCUAUCGCUGUAUCGAGCCCUGUGGCUGAGAGCAUCAACCUAGGCCCUGCCAGUCCAGUGGGUGACAACCCGACCAGUCCAGUGGCUGCUGAGAACCCAGGCGAAACGCUGCCAGAGUCUAAAUGACUCGUAAGCCCCCCCGUCUACCUGAUGUACUGGUUGUACUUAUCCCAUCUGCAUCGUGUUGUCCAUCCGUCACGCCCCAGACCAACCCCUGUUUCACCGUGCUGUAUUUGUUCGUAGUGACACAUGGUGCCUUUGUACCAUGUUCAGCUGUUUGGUAGGUCGACUGGCUCACUAUCCAUCCAUUCUGUUUGCCUGUCAGUGUUGCAUGACGUCAUGGCUGUUACUUCAAAAUGUUUUGAGCAUGGCCACAUGAGCUUGCCUUGUAUAUAAUGUCUCUUGCAAUCGUUCCAUAACAAUCAUUUCAGUUAAUUGAUUGCUAAGUAUUUUGAUUGUGUUUGGUCCAUCAUGAAUGUAUCUGCAGUAACUAUUUGCUGCCUUGGUUAUAAAGUGGAUGUCAUCUCUUUAUUAAUUAGGCCUGGUAAAUGGUAAUUAGAUAUAGCCUAAUCUCUGCCCAGUAUCCCAUUACCUUACCAGCAAGACCACAGGGACACUUAGGGCUGGAUUCAGUCCGUAUCGGGGAUCCGCGUUAAAAUGUAAAGGUCAUUUGUGAUUGAGCCGACGUUUAACGUGAAUGCAGUCUCUGCGGGAACAUUGCCUUUAAAUUUCAAUCGUGCUAUAACACACAUCUUCCGCGAGGAGACUGCAUUCACGUUAAACGCUACAUAUGUCGGCUCAGUCGGAAAUUACCUUUACAUUUUAACGCGUACCUUCCGCGAUACGGAUUGAAUCCAGCCCUUAGGCAACACAGGGCCCCACAGCAGCCAAGUACUCACUCAACCCACAACACAUUAGCUGCCUUCAAUAAACCGUAGCAGUCUAUUUAUAUGAAACAUCAAUGAAAUGUCAGGCUGGUUAGUUGAAAACCUAGCCUGUGGGUAUGUGCAGGACAGAGAGCAAUGUGCUAAAAGCACAGUCCCUUUUUGUCAUAAGCUAACAAAACCCUAUGAUCCCACUGGGGCCUGACGUAGAGGUAGCUGACCGCUUGGCUGAGCCAGUCCAGUGUGGGUCCAGCAACUACAGUGUUCGCACAGUAUUCAUACUAUAGAACUAUAUUGAUUCAUUCUAUUUCUAUGAUUCAUGCUCUCCCUUCAUAGUGGUGGAGGUGAUAGACUAAUCAUAGCUGUGAGAAAAGAAGGGGGGAGGGGGUUGUCACUCUGAAGCAGGGUUGAAACAGUAACCUCACAGGAUAUGCCUUCAUUAACCUACACAUACUGUAGGCUAACUCCCAGGGAAUUACAGAACAUUCUAGUAUGUCAGUCAGGUGCCAACCACUUUAGGUUAGGAGCAUUAGUAGUGUUUCCAUUAAAGACCGGGCAUAGAGUUCCUAGAUAGUCUGGAAUAUACUAAUACUCGAAUAGUCUGGAAUAUUCCAUGAUACCCACAGAGUACUAUUAGGAUGUAUUUUGAGAGUUUGUUCGUGGGGUUCCACUGUCACCUGUGGUAGGGACUAGGGACAGGUGUGUGUACAGUGCAGUGUUGAGACCAAUACCCCCUAGAUGGACCACCGCUGUCCUGUCACAUCCAGCCAUUGUCAUCUCACCUCACACCUACUUCCUCAGCACUGUCCUCGCUCUGUUAGUGGUCUGUUUGUUCAACACCAUGACGCCUGUUGACGUGUCAGUCUAUUAUUCUCUCUUUAGCAAUACCAGAGUGAUAGCUUGAAGCUUCGAGAGACAAUGGCUAUAUAAUGAUGUUGGGAUAGUAGUGAAUCAUUACUAUCAUUGCAUUACAUUGUAAUCUGAUAUAGUAGGGGUAGUAGUCUAACACUAAUAGUAGAAGUGCUUUCAAAGCAGUGCUCUGUGCUCUCCCUCUGCUGCGUUUUGGAUGUGUCCUCUAUAAGGACAGUGACAGUGUGGAUGAGCCUCGCCAGGGGAGGGCAGGUAGGUUCCUGAUACACACUUGGUCAUGUUCAGUAGGGCACACCGUAGCAAAACGUUUUGCAACAGAAAACCAAAUUCUGUGUCCUCACUGGACACACUCAGGUAGCACUUCCUUGUUUCAAAACUUUUCCCACCUACUGAACAUGACCCUCGUGGAGUUUCAACACUUCAGGACAGGUUACACCUGAGGACAGUUAAACAAGGGCCCAACUUGAGGUCAUGCCUCCUACUAAUAAUACAUUCCCUUGUGAAUUGUAUCUAUUUGAGAUGCAACAGGCUAUUGCUAAAAUUGUGAACUUUUUAUUUAACAUUUUCACUCAGCAAGUAGCCUAAAUCAUGACAAACUGGUAUAAGAUGAUAACUUAUAAGACGGUGCAUUAACAAAACAAAAAUCAUAAAACAUGACUUGCUGGAUUUGGAACUCUGUAUUUCAGAAGAGGUCACUUAUUUUUUGAUAACAGGAUUUAAUGCAGCAAAGCUAGAUGAGGAUUGGAAGCUUCCUAUCAAUCAUCCAGCCAGUAAAUACUCUGUGUGUACCUGGCAGCCAAGACUUUGCCCUCAUGGCCUCAGCCUAGCGGCUUUAUCCUUUGUGAGGAAGUUUUAUUGUAGUCACAGACCUUUGGCUUAUACAGUCUGCAUGAACCUCAACCUGUACUGAUAUUCCUGUUUAAUUCCUCAUUGGCAUCAUGUCAUCAUUAGCCUAUAUCUACAGAACCCUGAUAUGUCAUUUGAUGUUUACAAAGUCAUUGUCAUUGACGUAUGAAAGUCAUUGUGAUCAUUGGUGUUACCUGUCUGUACAUGACUGUUGGUUAUUCAUUUGACUUCAGAAUUUGACCUUUAGUAUCGUACAAACAAUAGAUGAUUAUUUUACAGGAUAUGUAACAUAGUCCUUUACUCACUCAAUUAGUAUAGAGUGGGACAUAUAGCUAACAGACAGCACCUUCAGAAAGUAUUCACACCCCUUGACUUUUUCCACAUUUUGUUGUGUUACAGCCUGAAUUUAAAAUGUAUUUAGAUUUUUUUUGUCACUGGCUUACUACACAAUACCCCAUAAUGUCAAAGUGGAAUUAUGUUUCUUGGAAUUUUUACAAAUUAUUUAGAAAUGAGAAUCUGAAACAUCUUGAGUUGAUAAGUAUUCAACCCCUUUCUUAUGGCAAGCCUAAAUAAGUUCAGGAAUAAAAGUUAGCUUAACAAUUCACAUAAUACGUUGCAUGGACUGUGUGCAAUAAUAGUGUUUUAACAUGAUUUUUGAAUGACUACCUCAUCUACAUAUCCCACACAUACAAUUAUCUGUAAGGUCCCUCAGUCGAGCAGUGAAUUUCAAACACAAUUCAACCACAAAGACCAGGAAGGUUUUCCAAUGCCUCGCAAAGAAGGGCACCUAUUGGUACAUGACAUUUAAUUUUUUUUUAAAUAACCUGACAUAAAAAUAUCCCUUUGCUGGUUAUUAAUUACACUUUGGAUGGUGUAUCUAUACACCCAUUCACUACAAAGAUGCAGGCGUCCUUCCUAACUCAGUUGCUGGAGAGGAACGAAACCGCUCAGAGAUUUCACCAUGAGGCCAAUGGUGACUUUAAAACUGUUAUAUUGUAGUUACUCCACAAUACUAACCUAAUUGACAGAGGGAAAAAGAAGCCUGUACGGAAUAAUAAUAUUCAAAAACGUGCAUCCUGUUUGCAACAAGGCACUAAAGUAAUACUGCAAAAAAUGUGGCAAAGCAAUUAACUUUUUGUCCUGAAUACAAGGUGUUAUGUUUGGGGAAAAUCCAAUACAACACAUUACUGAGUACCACUCUCCAUAUUUGCAAGCAUAGUGGUGGCUCCAUCAUGUUAUGGGUAUGAGCUUGAAGAAUUUUAAAAAUAAUAAUGGGUAAAUGUUGCACAAUCCAGGUGUGGAAAGCUCUUAAAGACUUACCCAGAAAGACUCACAGCUGUAAUCGCUGCCAAAUGUGCUUCUACAAGGUAUUGACUCAGGGGUGUGAAUACUUACGUAAAUGAGAUAUUUCUGUAUUUCAUUUUCAAUACAAUUGCUAAAAUGUCUAAACAUGUCUUCACUUUGUGUGUAGAUGGGUGAGAAAAAAAACAAUAAUUUAAUCAAUUUUGAAUUCUGGCUGUAAAAUAACAAUGUGGAGUAAGUCAAGGGUUAUGAAUACGUUCUGAAGGCACUGUAUCAACUGUCCUUUUCUCUAUUGAGGGUUAUUUUUUGGUAGUUAAUCUGACCCAGUCCCAUGUCUUCCUGCAGGUCCGCGUGCCCCUAUCGUGAUCCAGCCGCAUUCCAUCACCGUCGAGGUUCCAGAGACCUCCCAGCCUGCAGCCAGCCAGCCCACCUCCAAGCCCCAGCAGUGACCCUCCCCUCCCAGCCCUGUCUACCCGCUGGAGCCCUCCCCUCAGGUGGGCACGGCCAGGCCCCCCGAGGGCCCCACCCUGGAGCCCCCAGCAGCCAGCCAGGCCAGCUGUCACCAGAGCCAGGACUCACCAGUGCCAGUCAACCAGCCAGCCAGUCAACCCCCCAUACUGUGGCAAAGGUCCAACCAAAUGGACACGGGUGGCACGCUGCCAAGAGACCAGGACUCCUUAUGACU